UAAAAUAAAAAUCUAUCCCAUAAAGGGCUUUCAUGAAGAAAUUAAAGAGAGAAAUUACAAGUAAUAGAGAUACUAGGAAUUGUAUGCUGGAGAAACCACCUAAAAUUACCGUAUGGAGUAAGACAAAAGGAGUGAAUACAUCCGGAAGAAAUUUUACUUCGUAUGAUACUUUUGCCAUUUUUCUGUCAUAAAGGCUGCUAAGGAAGAAAGAAUAUAGUUUUCUAGAGAAAGAACGAGUGUAAUGUAAAAAUGGAAGCUGCAGUUUCUGAAAUUCAAGUCGAAAACAAGGAUGAGAAGAGACCAACGGAAGUUAGUCCUCAAGAUGAGCGGCAGGAGGAAAAAGCAUCAAUGCUUUGCUUCAAGAGAAGAAGGAAAGCAGCCAAAGAAAUGAAGCCCAAAGCUACCUCUAAAGCUGCUGAUGCAGCAAGAAUGUGUCCCCCAGAAGCAGGAGCUUCUGAUCAGCCACAGCCCCCCAGGGGGACCUGGGCCUCAAUCAAACGUCUUGUAACACACAGGAAAAGAUCAGCAUCUUCAAAACAUCAGAAGCCCUUUGAGGCUCAAGUGCAACCUGAAAUCAGUGCUGAGGAUGCUGAUCUUUCUAAGAAAAAGGCAAAAUCCAGACUUAAGAUUCCCUGCAUAAAAUUCUCAAAAGGAGAGAAAAGAAGUAAUCAUUCCAAAAUUAUAGAAGACUCUGACUGCAGCCUCCGGGUCCAGGGAGAGGCUGAACGUUUGGGUACAGAAGCUCCAACCCAAUCCCAGGCAGCCACGCCCAAGUUGCCCCAGGACGUGAGUAAAGAUGUCUCAGAGAAAGGGGGCGAUGAGGUCUGUGAGCCAAAUGCGAGCAACCGCACAACUGCACCUGGGGAAAAAGUGAUUGCCGUGGAACUUGGGUCAGACACGGGGCAUUCUGCCAUCCACACGGGAACUCUGGUCCUUGAAAGAGAUACUGAAACGACAGAGGAAAAGCAAAGUGUUCAACCCCAGCCGGCAGGCCCGCUUGAAACUUCAGAAACACAACAUCAACUACCCGAGGUUUCAGAUGUUCCUCUGUCACCUGCAACCCCCGCUCAGCAAAUCGUGGAAGAGGCCAAAACCAAUAUCCUAGAAAGUGGACCAAAUCAGGAACAGCCUGAAAGUAGAGAGAUUGUUGCUAAAGGGAGUGAGCCAAAAGAUACUGACCUGAGCCAGGAAUCAGAGCUUAGAGGAAAUGAGGUCACUGCAGAGAAACCAAAACCAGAAGAAAGCAAAAGAAUGGAGCCGAUUGCUAUUAUUAUUACAGACACUGAAAUCAGCGAAUUUGAUGUUAAGAAAUCUAAAAACGUCCCUAAGCAAUUCUUAAUUUCAAUUGAAAAUGAGCAAAUAGGGGUUUUUGCUAACGAUAGUGGUUUUGAGGGCAGAACUUCAGAACAAUAUGAAACCCUCUUAAAAGAAACGGCUUCUUCUCUUGUCAGAAAUGCUAUCCAAUUGUCUAUAGAACAGCUGGUUAAUGAAAUGGGCUCUGAUGAUAAUAAAAUAAACAAUCUUCUGCAGUGACUUAAUUUCCAGAUCAUGGGAGGAAAAAAAAAGCUUAAUGCUGAAUUAUUUUACAUAUUUGUGGCAUUUCUUACUCAGUAACAAAUGAGAGAUUUAUUAUCUGUGGAAUUUAAAGGUACAGCUUCAAUUCAGAAGUGCUAAAGAAUUAAGUUCAUAAAACCCUUCCUCCCCCUGAGAUGUAGUCACUUCUGGAUGAGAGGAAGCCCGUACAGAUUGCAGUGCACAGUGACACACAGGGAGUUGUGAAAAUGACAUGUGGAGAUUGGGCUGCUUGGGGAAGGAAGCUGUAUUAAUUGAGCGCUUAUGGUAUGACAUAAACUCUUUUCUGUUCUCUGAUGUCAUAAAGCCUGGUUUCCCUUUGACAGUUCGAUCCUGUGUAUAGGUAAACAUCACAUUCGAUUUUCAAACCUUUUCUUUUCCCCCACAGUGCACUUUGAUGUUUAAAAUGGUGAAUAAGGUGAGCUGUUUUGGUGAAUGUGUGAUUUAUAAUUGUUAUACACUCAUAGGCAGUAGUCUUACCUCAAAAAAUAUGGCCUUUUCCCAAUUUCAGCAGAAUGUGCAUAUUUGAAUUAAACAUGAGUGUUUUUCUAGUCAUGCUUAAAUACUGUACAAAAGCCAUUCACAAUUUACUUCAAACAGACAGAUAAUUACCAAGUGCAAGGGCGUAGACACAGGCAGGGCAUUCUCUCUCUCCGUCUCCUGCCUCCAGCAGACCUGUAUAAAGCCAUUUCUGCAUGGGGUCGUCGUCUACUGAAAUGUUUAGAAACAAACAAAACCCAAAAAGCUAAACAAGAGCAACAGCAAAAACAAAAAGAGCGAGAUCAUUGUUUUCCAUCCAGGGGAAGGUGAACUGCCCCAGGAACAAAUUCUCUCAGAGAACGUAGGAUUCAUCUUGCAAGAUUGCUUCUCUGGAGACCAUAUCCAUCAACCCCUCCUCAAAGAGGGAAUGUGAAUUCAAAGCCAGCCUGGCAGUAAAGGUACUAGGAAAUCAUAAUAACCUAGUGAAAAUAUUAUUCAUUCUUGACCAAGGAUGAGCCAAGUACAUAGUUGAAUAGAAAGUGAAAAGUUAUCACUAAAGCACAUUGUAUUUUAAAUGUCACUGUUCUCUCAUUGUGCCCAUGUGUCGAGAUAACCAGUAACAAACAUUUUACAUGGAUUUUGAAAAAUAACUUUUUCAUCAGUAUUUUCAGUCCAACUAAUCCCUUAC